AGUAAUCGUGGUGCAGUGCUGCGUGAUUGGCUUGGAUUGGCGUGAUCAGGUGCUGUGAGCGGGAGAUCUGAAUUUUUCGUAUUGAGUGAGGGAUCAGUGUGACGGUCGUUUCUCGACGCAUCUGUCAUGGAGCGAUGAGGUGCAUAUGCCUCGAAUUUCAGUAACUCCCAAACGAUUAUGCAACUGAAUCGGAGGGUAACAUAUAGAGUCCAAAGCAAUUGUCAAGAGCAGCCUGAUGGCUGUGUCUAUGAAGAAUGUGGACGUCGCAUUCCAAGGAGUUGGCCAGAAACCAGGAAUUGACAUAUGGCGCAUUGAGAAUUUCAAACCAGUGCCCUUGCUCAAGGAAUUUCAUGGAAAAUUUUAUUCAGGAGAUUCUUACAUUGUGCUCAAGACGACCGCACUUAAAACUGGAGGGUUCCACUACGAUAUUCACUUUUGGCUGGGAAAGGACACGAGCCAGGAUGAGGCUGGUACAGCAGCAAUUAAGACCGUUGAGCUGGAUGCUGCGUUAGGUGGUCGCGCCGUUCAGUAUAGAGAAACUCAGGAGCACGAAACAGAACUCUUUCUAUCUUAUUUCAAACCAUGUAUUGUUCCUAUGGAAGGCGGUAUUGCUUCUGGAUUCAAGAAAGUGGAAGUUGGGAAGGUUGAGCCUCGUUUAUUCAUUGUAAAAGGAAGACGCACUGUCAGAGUUACACAGGUGCCAUUUGCUCGUUCCUCACUGAACCAUGACGAUGUUUUUGUUCUGGACACGGAAUCAACAAUAUUCCAAUUCAAUGGAGAAAAUUCCAGUAUUCAAGAGAGGGGGAAAGCUCUUGAAGUGGUCCAGUAUAUCAAGGAUACAGAUCAUGAUGGAAAAUGCGAAAUUGUAAUUAUAGACGAUGGUACGCUCGGCACUGAGGCAGACACUGGGCAAUUCUGGGUUCUGUUUGGAGGCUUUGCUCCUCUUUCAAAGAAACCUGUUGUUGCAGAUGAUGCCUCUGGGUUACCCAAGCCUAAGUUGCUCUGUAUCAUAGAAAGGAGCUUGAAGGAAGUGGAAAUGUCUAAGGAUGUACUUGACAGCAGCAAGUGUUACGUGCUCGAUUGCGGUAAUGAGAUCUACACUUGGGCAGGUCGCAACACAUCACUUGAUGCUAGAAAGGCUGCAAUUUCAAUUGUAGAGGAUUUAAUCACUAACCUGAAUAGGCCGAAGCACAUCCAGAUCACCCGGAUCAUUGAAGGAUUCGAAACGCUCGAGUUUCGUUCGUACUUUGUUAAGUGGCCAUUAAAUGGACAACACACCGUCUCUGAAGAAGGAAGAGGCAAAGUUGCAGCAUUGUUGAAGCAGCAAGGUGUUAACACAAAAGGUAUUCUCAAGGGUUCACCUGUGAAAGAAGAGCUCCCACCACUUCCAAGUUUGAAUGGCAAGCUUGAGGUAUGGAGGUUGGUCGGUGGUGUAAAAAAAGAAAUUGAUGCUGGAGAUGUUGGAAGGUUCUAUGACCACAGCUGCUAUAUUGUGCUUUACACUUAUCAAGGAGAAGAGCGUAAAGAGGAAUACCUUCUAUGCAACUGGAUUGGUCGGCACACCUCUGUGGAGGACAAGGCUUCGGGACUGAGGGUUAUGAAUGAAAUGAGUGCAGCACUGAAAGGACGUGCAGUUCAGGCAUACAUUGCUCAAGGCAAGGAACCCAUUCAGUUUUUGGCGCUGUUUAAAUGCAUGUGCAUAUUGAAGGAACAUGUUUGUCCAGGUCACAAGGAUCAUUCAAUAUUGUUGGUGCGGGCGCGGUGUGUUGGUCCACAAAUUGUCCUAGCUGUCCAGCUGGAGCCUGUGUCAGCUUCACUAAACUCCUCCGAUUGCUUUCUACUUCAAACCAACUCGAAGUUGUAUGCCUGGACAGGCAACCUGAGUACUGUUGAGAAUCAGAAGGCUGUUUUGCGAGCAGCUGAAGUUCUGAAGCCUGGUGUUGUAGCAAGGCCUGUGAAAGAAGGAUUAGAGCCUCCACUCUUUUGGAGUUCUCUGGGGAGUAAACGAAAAUAUGCAAGCCACCCCAAACCAAAAGAGGGUCCGAAGGAUCCAAGGCUGUUCGCUUGCAGUCUUUCACGAGAAAAUUUGAAGGUGACUGAAGUGCACAAUUUCACACAAGAUGAUCUUCUGAGUGACGAUAUCAUGAUCCUGGACUGUCACAAUGUCAUCUACGAGUGGGUUGGCCAGCAUGCAAGCACAGAGGAGAAAGAGCUAAAUUUAGAUAUUGCCAAGAAAUACAUCGAACGUGCAGCAAGGUUGGAUGGGAUACUACAGGAUGUUCCCAUCUUCAUGAUCACGGAAGGCAAUGAGCCAAUGUUUUUCACCACCUUCUUCUCAUGGGAUUCCAGCAAGGUCAAUGUCCAUGGAGAUUCCUACACAAAAAGAGUUGCAGGGAUUCAAGGACGACCAGUUCCUCAAGAGAAAGUCCAAAGACGUCUUACUCCAAGUGCUUCAGCUGGUACCAAAAGUGAAUCCACACAGAGGGCAGCAGCCAUGGCAGCUCUCUCUUCACAGUUGACUUCAGAAGGGAAACUGUCGAAGGUUGCCCAAACACUAGUCAAUCAGAACCCAUCCUCUGCUCCAGCGAGUCCAAGGUUUCAUCGUCCAUCAACUGCGAAUUCUCAAAGAGCUGCUGCAAUGGCGGCCCUAUCCUUCAUGCUUGGCACAAAAAAAGCUCCAGGCUCUGCAGUGUCAGUCGAUGCUGAUUGGGUUGCUGGGAGCUCACCAUUCGCGAAAGUGGAAGCAACGGGAGAUACAGAAUCUGUAACAAGCUCAAAGACUUCUGAGGAUGGAGGAGAUGGAGGAGAGGAGAUCGCUGAAUUUUACAGCUAUGAUCGUUUGAAAUCAUCAUCCACAAAUCCUCCAAAAAUAAAUAUAAAAAGAAAAGAGGCUUAUUUAUCCCCUGAAGAUUUUGAGAAGCUCUUUGGAAUGUCGAGAACCCAGUUUUACGAGAUGCCCAAGUGGAAACAGGAUCAACGCAAGCGCAAUCUCCUACUCUUUUAGUCUCACCAUUAUUUUCGUGUCCACUUGAUGUGGAGAGGUUGGAUAACUUUUAUUUUUGUGUACGAUGCAAUAACAUUAGUAAGGGUGUGUCUCACCCAACAUGUAAAUCUAGUACUUGGAAUAUUUCCAAACUUCACAUUAUGGAGAACCUGUGAUACCUUAGUUCCACAUAAAUUCCACUUUUGUUUUCUCUUCUC